GCCCAUUGGUUUCCAGUCUGUAUCAGUCAGGAGACGCAUCGCCUGCCCCUUUACCUAAUAGUGAUUUUACCAAGUCGGAAGCGUCUGUAAUCCAGACUGGCUCACACUGUACCUGCUCGCCCACCGAGCUUCGAUCCUGUCAGCGACCUGUCGGCUCUGAAAUGGGGAACAGCAAAACUUCAGCGCUUCUCUCGCUUGUCGGUGUCAUGCUACUCUGGCCGUAUGCACUUACCAAGAGUGUCCCAUCCAGACUGCAAACUGCAGACAGCGUCUCUCUAACCGCAGGGCAGGGAGAGGAGCGCCCUCAUGUGGUGAAGCGGUCGAUACAGCGCUGCAACAGUACGUUUGACAACUUCUGCCUGAACCAUGGCCAGUGCAUACUGCUGGUGGACAUCAAUGAGCACCACUGCAAGUGUGAGAGGGGCUACAAUGGCCCCAGGUGCGCCAACCUGGAGCUCGUCAUCCAGCCGAUGCAAGAGGAGCAGAUAAUUGCCACUGUUUUCUGUGUGAGUCUGCUGAUUAUAGGUCUGACCGGAGCUCUGUACUUCUGCUACAAAUGGUAUAAGAAAAACAAAUUCCCACGUCACCAGAAGCGGCAGGGUUACAAAGGAGUCCAGACUAUCUAGAGUGUCGCACACACACCCACUUCAUCCACGGACAAGGAAAGACCAGGAUUUUCUCCAGUUUUCUAACUGAAUAUUUCAACAAAUGGCGAUGUUACCUGAUAUGCUACCUUUGACUACACUCAGUGGCUGGUUUACUGGAUUGUGCCCACUCGCAGUACUGUAUGUCACAUGGCUUUGGCUCGCUUUAUCAAGCAGGCUGAUCGGCACAAAGAGAUUAAAACAUUCAAAAAGAAGCAGCUUUGUGUGCGGUGCGAUUGUUGUUUCCAGAUGCACUGGUUCUAAUGUUUCAGCACCCACAUGUACAAAAAGAUGAAUAGUGAGACUCACAAAGAAAGUUUCCAGCCAUGAAGGUGAUGGUGGGUCAUGGAUAAUGAACUGAAAAUGAACAAUUUAGAGUGUGGACCAGUGCAACAUUUCUGAUCCCAUGCUUUCAGAAAUUUUAGACAAAAUAUUGAUAAUAUUUUAUAUCACAAUCCUGUUAUCAUGCUUUAGUUUCUUCACAUUAGACUCCCUUUGUUGGCAGUUAACGUAAGACCUGAUUUCAAGAUUCCAAAGAGCUCAUUUAGACGUUCAGCCAGGUUGCAGAUGGUGUAACAUCUUUUAUAUUUGCCUCAGAGACGCAAGCAUGAAACUGACUGAAAAUAAAAUUGAUCGCUAGUCGUCACCAUCUAGCUGCUUUCUCUCUUCUGACUUACUUGCUUGAGUACAAAUUUACACUGUAAUUUAACUCUAAUUUAUAUUUCUGCCUGGUCUAGCUUUUAUUUAUUGUUGCUUUUGUUUUGCCCUUUUGAGUUAUUAUGAAUGCCAUUAAACUGGCCACUGAGUGUAACAGUAAUGAGUUUUAUUAUUUGAAUCUUUGUUUAUAUGGAAAGUAUUCCCAUUUUGAUAAUUUAUUAUAAAGUAUUGAUGUAUACACUGGAAUAUUGUCUGUUUUGGAGGCUCUGUUACUGCUACAAAAUGAAUACAACUUCUUUUUUAAACUUC